AUGAACACAGAGUCCACCCCAAAAAUUCAGAUCAGCGGGGGCAUCCUAUGGAAAAGGCAUCGUUUCGUCUUAAGGGCGCAGCUUAAACAAAGACGUCAGCUUCCACCCACCCCGCCAGCAGACGACGAAGACACGCCACGCCUCCAGCGGCCGACAGUACCCCAGAGGACGGUCAUCAACGUGACGCCCGCAGAGAAGGACCAAGGAGUGUCCUAUGCGGAGCUAAGGUACGACAUCCCCGGCCACACUGUGAAGACCGUUGACACGGAGCCGGACUCGCACUACGACAAACCCCUGCCUGGCGUGCACCCCCUCAUCAACACCUCCCCCACGUCGGAGGGCAUCUCCAAACACCCGCCGUCACCUGAGGGAGGAACUAUUUUCUCCGUGACAGGAAACGCUCCCCCCCAGUUACAUCGACUUCCAAGUGAAUAUGCCUGCCCACCUGCCCAUAUGCCCAGGGCCAAACAGCCAGCUCCUGUUCAGUCACAUGGAGAUGUGAAUGAUAUUCCCCUGCCCGCUCGGCGCGAGGGACUGCGAGAGAACCAGGACCUAAACAAGGAGAACAAUGGAACGAUUGUGGGCAGUUUAAAUGAGGAGCACGUCACCAUACUCGUAGACCGGGGCUACGAUCGCCUCAAAGCAGUGGAGGCCUUGAGAGUGUCGCACAACAACCUCAAAAUGGCCGAGGACAUUCUGGAUACGUUUGUUAAAAACAAUCGAUGAAAAAAAGUAGGGAGUGUGAUGAUUCUACCAACCACCAGGGGGCACUGUCGCCACGUUUGAUACGCCUGGACUGAUUGUAUUGAGAAGAGACGUGGGCAGAGUGCCAUGUGACUUGAGACUGUUCUGCUGUAGACGUGUCGUAAUCAAAUAAUUUAUACUCACUCUACAAUCAAAGUGAGGCUGCCUCGGUCUGGUCCUACCCCUCGCAGGUUCCUGGGGUCGUGUGGCGGAGAGUCACUUAUGCUUUUAGUACGUUAGUAUUUAUGUCCGUAUAUCCCAUGAGGCUGUGACUCUAUUCAUUUCAGCCGCACCAAGAGAGGAGACUUUUCUACUUUGUUUCUGUCACUGUAACAUUGGGACACGCCCACAAGUUACGUUUUUGUCACUGUAACAUUGGGACACACCCACAAGUUCCGUUUUUGUCACUGUAACCUUGGGGCACGCCCACAAGUUACAUGUUUCUGUCACUGUAACAUUGGGACACGCCCACAAGUUACAUGUUUCUGUCACUGUAACAUUGGGACACGCCCACAAGUUACAUGUUUCUGUCACUGUAACAUUGGGACACGCCCACAAGUUACAUGUUUUUGUCACUGUAACCUUGGGACAGGCCCACAAGUUACAUGUUUCUGUCACUGUAACAUUGGGACACGCCCACAAAUUGCCUAUUUCUGUCGCUGUAAUGUUGGGACAAGUAUGCCAUUCUUCAAGAGCUGGUUUUUCUCUUUGAAUUGCAUAUCCACACGCCAGAUGCACCUUUUGAUAAACAUGCCCUGGCCACUUGUACAAAGCAUGUUGUUCGUCAAGCUGACACUCUGUUUACCAUUUAGCC